AUGGACCUUUUGGGGAAGAAGUUUGAGCGUCUGAACACCGUCCUGCUGACGGAUCUGAACGUCCAGACCUCAGAAGAUCAGCUGGACAUUUUCAUUGAGAAUUUGAAGAAAGCUGGUAUCACCCUGCAGUUCUUGGUCACAUAUUUUGUAUUAAAGAUGAAUAGUUUUAUUGUAUGUGUGCAGCAUGCAGCAGUGGCGCUGUCCGCUCUGAUUCGUGACCUCGACAGUCUAAAGAUGGCAGUGAUUGUGAGUUAUGCUUACGAUCGUCGCAGCAACCCUCAAGUGGGCUCCGCUUUUCCCUGCAUAAAGGAGAAAUAUGAAUGUCUGCUGUACGUGCAGUUGCCGUUUAUGGAGGAUCUCCGACAGUUCACUUUCCCAGUGUUGGACAACAACAAGAAGUUCACGCCUUCAGAGUCUCGGCUGUCAGCUGUCAUGAUGCUGGUGGAAAAAGAUGAUGAUGGAGAGAGCGUGGACGUCUUCAAAAUCAACCACAUUCCAAACCCACAGUUCCAGAGACUUUUCCAGUGCUUGCAUCACUGCGGUGUGAAUCCUGACGAUCCCCUGCCGCGUGUAGAACUGAAGAGGGAUCUAGAGCGGCCCCAGGACGUGUCGGCCCGCUGCCAGGCCCCUCUGCAGGACGUCAAGACCAAGUUCCCUCUGAAAGUGGUGGUGAAAAAGAGGGAGCAGAAGACAAGCACAGACGUGUUCGGCAGCAGGGUCACAUAUUUGCACAGCUGGUUUUCUGUUCUCAAGUUUAACCUGGCCGAGAUUACGGAGGGAAACUUCACAUCGGUUGGCAACGUCAAUCCAGUCAGAGAUUUCUGCAGACAGACCGUUUCUUUCGAUCAGGCAUGCCAGCAGCUGACCUACAGGAUUGAGCAGUUGCUCGGCAACAGGAGCCCUGAGUACUACAUGAAGAGCAUCGCCUGUAUCCAGGCCUUCAGGGAUCAGUCCGUAUCGAGCGUAAACGCAGAGCUGCUCAACAGCUACAUGCAGUCCCUGAAGAAGAGCGUUGCUGACAGGAAUCUUCAGGAGUUCUGGGAUCUGCUCGUCCAAGAUGCUCUGACACUGAUAAGCAAGGAUGAAGUGGACGGAAGCACCAUUUCUAAACAAGAUGCAAACCAGUUCCUGGCGUUUGAGCAGAAAGAGAAAGUGCAAGCGGCUCCAGCGCAGGACGACACUGGAGAUGUGGACGAUCUGCUGGACAUGAUGUAAAGCGGAUGUCUUCAACACCUGCGUCCAUCCACCUCAUGCAACUCCGUUUCUUGUGUUUAAUUAUG